AUGCAAAUUGCCGAACAGUUGAGGGACGGACUCUUGACCACCAGAGGCGAGGCUUUGUUGCCACUCAUGUUGGCCUCGUAUAUAUUCGACGCACUCGUCCUGGCGUCCAAUCAGAACCAGUCGCGAACGAAUCCCGUGAACAACAUUAAGAUACCGACUGACGAGCGGUUGGGCUUCGAGGCCGCUGUGGCCGCACUCGGACUCAAAGCCAAUGUGUCCGAAGCCGAACACCCCUUGCUCUGUGAGGGCACCCGUCGUCAGAGGGGAGAACUGGUGCUCACAUUAUUAGUACACUAUAAAGACGAUCAGCAAAAGUUGCAUAAAAUUAUGGACAAACUCCUCGACAAAGAAGUGCACCAAAUGUACAGAACCUCUGCCGACAGUUUCGGCAGCAAU